AUGACCUCCCCCGACGACCUCAACCCCCCCAGCUACCUCCGCGGCUCCCCGCCCAGCAAUCUCUCCGACCCCUUCACCUCCAUCUCCUCUCCUCCCCCGCGCCGCAAAUCCCGCUUCACCACCGCAACCACUACGACGUCCACCUCCGCCCCUCACCUCCCCACGUACAAACCCCGCCGCGACCCGUUCGCCGCCAGCACCACCGAGGUAUCCUCCCCCCCAGCAAGCCUAAUGCUCCCACCCCCAGCCGUGACAACCUACGCCUACGCCCGCAGCUACUCGGCCUACUCCAACCAGCGCUCACUCCACUCCCUCCGGCAACAAUCCAAGCACCUCACCGAGCAGCUGCAGGUCCUCCUCGACGCCCAAUCCACCGCCCUCAUGUCCGGCGGCACCUUCGCCCCCGCACCACCAAAGCCCCCGCAGCAGCAGCAGCGCGGCGGGCGAAAGGGGCAGGGGCAAGGGCAAGGACCGCCGCCAAUGUCGCUCGGCGAGGCCCGCCACGGUAUAACACACAGCAUGAAGGAGCUCGCCGACAUCAAGGACGUCGAAUCGGACAUCUACGCCUCGCAAAUCUCGGACCGCCAGAGCCUCAUCAAGACGGUCACCGCCUGGGGCACGAAAACGAAGCUCCUCGAAGCCGAGAUCCACAGCAUCGAGGACGGCGACGAGGGCCGCCGCAUGGAGGCGCUCCGCACAGAGAAGGGCGAGCUCGAGGCAGAGAUCCAGCGCAUCCGCGUCCACCUCGCAAAAAUGGAGGACAAGCUCGCCGCGGUGUCCAUCCAGCUGGCCGAGGGCGAGUCCGUCGUCGGCGCAAAGACAUCGUCGUACAAGGCGGCGCUGGCCGCGCUGAAGACCAAGACCUCGGCCCUCCUGGCCUCGCACCGAUACGCGACGCCGGCGACGGCCGUCGAGUCGUGGACCCGGGAGUGCGAGGCGCUAUCCGAGAAGCAGUCGCAGGCAGGCGACGAGGGCGGCGCGCUACGCGACGGGAUCCUCCUCUGGGAAGACACGCUGCAGCUCGUCGGCGGCUUCGAGGAGCUGCUGCGCGCCCACAUGGCCACCGCCGCUGGCGCCGGCGCCGGCACGGGGAAGCGGGUCAGCACGGCAGACGUCAAGGCGCGCAUCCUGCAGGACAUUGAGGAGACGAUAGCGAAGCUGGAAGAGAUCCUGGCGCUCGCAGAGGCCAAGAACUGGAAGCUGCUGUGCUGCUGCGUGGGCGCGGAGCUGCAGGUGUUUCUUGAGGGGAGAGAGGUCAUGAAGAAGAGCAUGGAGGCCGACCGCAGCACCAUCAUCCCAGGCACUGGCACAAAGAGUACGCUCUCCAGCACGGAGGCGUCGAAAGCCCCCUCAUCCUCCUCCGAAGGCGGCAGUCAGCACGACGAGCGCAGCAGCAGCAUGACGCAGUCGCGCAGCUCACUUCGGGGCGGCCUGGGCAGCUUUGCGCCGGGGGGCGGGGGCGUGCGGAAGCUGGGUUCGUUGAGGAAGAGCUUGAGCCCGGCGGCGAGGCCGCUGAGUCUGCUGGACCGCAGGAGUGAUGAUGGACAGUCGCCGCAUGAGAAUGAUGGCGAUGAUGAGCGGGAUCGGGACGAGAGUGUGGAUUUGUUGCUGAAGGUGGAUAGUGUGGGUGAUGGGGUGCAGGAUGUGAGGGAUGGGAGGGACGGGAGGGAGGGGAGGGAGGGGAGGGAGGGGAGGGAGGGGAGGGAGGGGAGGGAGGGGAGGGGUGGGAGGGAUUAUUCGCCGUUGGAUGAUUGA